AUGGUUUCACAAGCUAAACAACCUUCCAAUGCGACCUUUAAGAAUCGUGAGAAGCCACAAGAAGUUCGUAAGGCCAAUAUUAUAGCUGCCCGUGCUGUGGCCGAUGCAAUUCGUACUUCUUUGGGUCCUAAGGGUAUGGAUAAGAUGAUCAAGACAUCUAGAGGUGAUAUUAUUAUUUCCAACGAUGGGCAUACCAUUUUGAAACAAAUGGCUAUCUUGCAUCCAGUGGCUAAGAUGUUGGUUGAAGUUUCUGGUGCACAGGAUGUUGAGGCUGGUGAUGGUACUACCUCGGUUGUUAUCAUGACAGGUGCACUAUUAGGUGCAGCUGAAAAGUUGUUGAAUAAAGGGAUCCAUCCAACUAUUAUUGCGGAAUCUUUCCAAAGAGCUGCUGAAAGAUCGGUUGAGAUUUUGUUGAACAUGUCAACGAAGAUCUCGUUGGACGAUAAAGAGGCUUUAGUUCGUGCCGCAUCUACCUCGCUAAGUUCUAAAAUUGUGUCACAACAUUCUUCAUUUUUGGCCCCAUUGGCCGUAGACUGUGUGUUGAGCAUUGCCUCUCAUGAUUCGACUAACGUUGAUUUGAACGAUAUUCGUUUGAUCAAGAAGGUUGGUGGUACCAUUGAUGAUACUGAGAUGGUAAAUGGUGUUGUCUUGACACAAAAUGCGGUAAAAACUGCCGGUGGACCAACUAGAAUUGAAAAGGCAAGGAUCGGAUUAAUCCAAUUCCAAAUUUCUCCUCCAAAGCCAGAUACUGAAAAUAACAUUGUGGUUAACGAUUAUAGACAAAUGGAUAAGAUUUUGAAAGAGGAAAGAGCUUACUUGUUGAACAUAUGUAAAAAGAUCAAGAAGGCCAAAUGUAACGUGUUGUUAAUCCAGAAGUCUAUCCUAAGAGAUGCUGUAAAUGACCUUGCAUUGCAUUUCCUCUCAAAAUUGGGAAUAAUGGUGGUCAGAGAUAUUGAAAGAGAUGAAGUUGAAUUCUUAUCAAAGAGUUUGGGUUGUAAACCAAUCUCUGACGUUGAACUAUUCACCGAAGACAGAUUAGGCUCUGCAGACGUAGUAGAAGAAGUGGAAAGUGAUGGUUCCAAUAUUGUUACCAUCACUGGUGUAAAGACAACCAACAAGAACCCAACAGUGUCAGUCGUCAUUCGCGGUGCUAACAACAUGGUCUUGGAUGAAACUGAACGUUCUCUACAUGAUGCUUUAUGUGUCAUCCGUUGUUUGGUUAAAGAAAGAGCCUUGAUUGCAGGUGGUGGUGCCCCAGAAAUUGAAGUUUCAUACCGUCUAAUGAAGGAAGCGCGUACCAUGGAAGGUGUGGAAGCAUUUGUUUGGCAAGAGUAUGCAGAAGCACUAGAAGUCAUUCCAACGACAUUAGCCGAGAAUGCAGGUUUGAAUAGUUUGAAUGUUGUCACGGAGUUACGUUUGAGACACGAAAAUGGUGAAUCCAAUUCUGGUAUUUCGGUAAGACGUUCUGGUACCUCAAAUACUUACGAAGACCAUAUUCUACAACCUGUUCUAGUAUCCACAAGUGCAAUCAGGUUGGCUUCUGAAUGUGUUAAGUCUAUUCUACGUAUUGAUGAUAUCACUUUCAGUCGUUAA